UCUUUCUUGUGGUUUCUCACCCGGUGAUCGGUGCCCAUAUUGGGUUCGAUUAACUUGGAUUCACGAAGAAACGCUUCCAUACUCCAAGCUCAACCUCUGGUUAAGGAUGGAAAGAUCCUACCAACCCCGUUACAACCUUUGGUGAUUUUUUUUUUGUUUUCUCCCCCGACGUUCAAUGCCCGUAUUGGGAUAGAUUAACUUGGAUUCACGAAGAAGCGCUCCCUGGCAUAUUUUUUUUCAUACCCAAGGCUCGAACUCACGUUAAUGAUGAAAAGAUCAAAUCAGUCCCAGCACAACCUUUGGUGAUUUCUUUUUUUGGUUUCUCACCUGGUCUAUGGGUGAAAAAGUAAUGCUAGAACCAUGGGUAAAAAAGGCAGUUGGUUUUCUGCCAUCAAAAGGGUGUUUACACCCAGCUCCAAGGAGAAACUAGCCAAUGAAUCAGACAAGAAAAGUUCUAAGGAAAAGAAGGGUCGCGGAAAACAGAAGCAUGCAGAGACCAAAUCUUAUAUCCCUCUCUUCAGAGGGCCAAGUAGUAUUGAGAAAAUACUUGGAGAAGUAGAUGAACAAAAACUACUUUCUCCAAGAUUCACUUUACCAGGACCUGUCUCUCCUCGGGUUUCUUCUUAUAGGGGUACAUCUCCUGGUGCUACUUCUCCAAGAAUCGCCUCUCCUAAGGCUUCGUCUUCUCGCCGGCUUGCUUCUCCCAAGGCUCCUUUUCAAAGGGUUACUUCUCCUAGGGCUGCUUCUCCAAGGGCUAUAUCUCCUAAGGCUCAUCCUGUUAGAAAUGUUGCACACGCUCAAAAUAAAAUGCUUGGCAGGGUGGAGAACAUGGAACAAAAAGUGGAACAAGUAGCAGAGAAGUCUUCCCAGCAUGGAAGGGUAUCGUCUUCUAAUGUGACUCGCAACCGCAAAGAAAUGAGCUAUGCUUAUAGGCCAGAACCAACUUUGAGAACUCUCAAUGUUUCAGCAACCAAGAUACAGGCAGCCUAUAGAGGUUACAUGGCAAGGAGGAGUUUCAGAGCUUUGAGGGGUUUGGUAAGGCUUCAAGGAGUUGUGAGAAGUAGUAAUGUUCAAAAGCAAACGGCAAAUGCCAUGAAGCAGAUGCAACUUCUCGUUAGGGUCCAAACUCAAAUUCAGUCGAGGAGGAUACAAAUGUUGGAAAACCAGGCACUUCAACAUAGGAACGACAAGGAAAUCGAGAGCACCAUGAGCAAAUGGACUCAGCUGUGUGAGGCCGGUAACCAGGAUAAUUGGGAUGAUAGCACGCUGACCAAAGAAGAAGUAGAAGCAAGGAUGAGGAAAAAGGUGGAGGCAGUCAUCAAGAGGGAGAGAGCAAUGGCAUAUGCAUAUUCUCACCAGCUAUGGAAAAAUGAUCCAAAAUCAGCUUUGGACAUGGGAGCUAAUGGUUUUCCAUGGUGGUGGAAUUGGUUAGAACGUCAACACCCUUCAGGAAACGCUAACAAGAGUCAAUCUGGUACAAAAGAUAUCAAACUAACACCACCAAGGGCGAUUUCAGAGCACAAACCAAGUCCAACGCCUCUAAACAACGUUACUUUCAGACGCAUACUUUCUGAUUACGAUAACCAUGAAUCACCAGCCACACCAAUGUCGACUAAGUCAGCAAUUCCAACAAGGGGAAAACAGAUGAUGCAUACUCCGAGUAGAACACCACAAAUGAACAGCCCAAGUCUAAAGAAGUAUUCAAGAGCCCGAACUAGUGCUGCUAAUUACCCUUUUGACCUUCCAAUGAAGGACGACGAUAGCCUCACGAGUUGUCCUCCAUUUUCGGUUCCACAUUAUAUGUCACAAACUGCCUCAGCUAAAGCUAAAGCCAGAGCAAAUAGCAAUCCUAAGGAGAGAAAUCGGGAAAAGCAAUCGAGUGACACAAAGAAAAGAUUUUCCUUCCCUUUGACUCCGAAUAUUUGGUCUUCCAAGUGGAGCAAAGGCUCUGGAAAGGAUUCUACUUCUCAAAAAGAAGUCGAUAAACCUGAGUCCAUAGCAGAUCAUAUAAGUGUGGAUUCAACUGUUUCGAUGCCCGCUGUUGUUGGGAGGAGACCAUUUAAUAGAUAUGUGUGAUUGUUCUUUGUAUGUUUUCUAUUUCUUCUUUUUUUUACUUAUCUUGGACAUUCCUAUUAACUUGUGGAGUUCUUAUUGUUUGUUUUUUUGUUGUAAUAUGAGUGCAUGGAUUGGUGUAUGGUAUUGACAGAAUAGUGGUGUACAAUAAUGAAGAGGCUAUAAGAAGAUUUUACUAUGA